CUGCAUGAGGAUGCCAUUACAUUUAUCGUGUGAGUUGAACGAGUUUGUUGGAUGUCAGAUGACAAACAUCAACAAUGCUAGUUGAAUGAUAAAUAUAUCACUAAUCUCUAAUUCUUGAUUUCGUGAUAUUGCGUCUUUAGACGAAAAUUCAGAAAUAGAAGUUUAAAUCAGUUUAGACUAACUCGACUAACUUGAGGAUUUUCAAUAAAAGCAAAUUUUGUACAAUUCAAGGAAAAAUGUUGAACGUAAAGAUCGCAGGAGCAUCCGUGAAAUGCGUUAUUAACAAUGACACGCCGAUAGCAGUGUAUGAAUUGUGGCAACGAGUCGAAGAAGAGACGAAACUUGCAAAAACUCAAAAUUUAUCAUCAAUUAUUAUUCAAAAUUUAGCUAUUAUCAUAUCAAUUCUCCUCUAUGACAAUUAAUGAAUAAUUAUAAUAUAUUUAUGUAUUAAUAUAUCUGAAAUAUUAUAUAUGAAUCAUUUGUUGUUAUUCAGGGGCUUUUGCGUGAUCAAUAUUACAUCGUACAUAAUGGUCGACUUAUGCAGAAAGAUGAUAUUUGCACGAGUGGCUACGCAACUAUUGUUCCAAGAUUGUUGGGUGGCAAAGGUGGUUUCGGUUCCAUGUUACGGGCGAUAGGCGCGCAAAUAGAAAAGACCACGAAUCGCGAGGCUUGCAGGGAUCUGAGCGGUCGCAGAUUGCGCGACAUAAAUGAGGAGAAGAGGCUGAAGGCUUGGAUCGAGAAACAGACCAAGAGACACGAUGAAGAAGCAGAGCGCAAGAGGAAGAAACUUGAGAAACUAUGUGCAGAACCAAGACAUGAAUUCAAAGAUCAGCGUUACGAACAGGAGAGAGCAAAGCUACCUGAAAAAGUUGAAGAUGCAGUCGAAGAAGGUUUCAAAGCUGCUACUGUGUCAGGUGUUAAGAGGAAAUCAGAAAAAGAUGUUCAAACAAAUAAACGCAAAACUAUAUUAGAUUUUGAGAUUGAUUCCGAUGAAUUUGAGGAUACUUCAGAUGAUAGUGACAAUGAUAAUAGUGACGGAAAUGACACAGCCGCGAAAAAAAGCAAGACAGAGCAACGAACGUUGACUGACAGUGGAAAUUCGAGUGACGAUACUGGAAAAAUCGGUGAAAGCACCGAGAAAAUAGAAAGCGAGCAUUCCGAGUCGUCGAUUGAUAAUGAGAUAAACAAUAAAGUCUCGAGUAAUGAGUCGGUGGAUCCAAAAUGUAUUGUCGAUUCUACAGAGACACCUGAGGACCAAUAUGUGGAUUCUAGAAAAGAAACCGCUGUUUAGAAAUAAGAAUUUGAGUCGGUUAUUUUACAGUGUUACUCUUUACUAUAUUCCAUCAAACUGGAAUCCAUUUUCUGUGAUGAUCCACACUAUUGCCAGAAAUGAAAUGACAGAUUCAAUAAAAGAUUUUGAAUAUAUAUAUUAAUAUAUGAUAUAGAUUCAUAAAUGAGAGAUUAAAGAAUUAUGUUGUUUUUUUAUAUUUUUGUGAUUUAUAAAUCAUAAUAAACAAAUUUUUAACGUA